CUACUUGGGUCGUUGAUUCUGUUGUUUCAUGCGAACACUCGUUGAAAAGUCUUGUAGCGGGUUUUACCUUGUGUAUCGGAGAAAUUACCUAACAACCACACGUACAGCGAUAGCAAAAUAUGUACCUGUCCAUAUAGAAACACUGCUGUUAAAUAGAGAUUUAUUUCAAAGAAACUUCGUGCCGUCUCACAAAAUAUACCGCAAUAUUGGACAGGUGUCUUUGUGUGGAGAAAAAAAUACAGCGGCAUUUGACAUUAAGAAUAGAUAUUAAUAAUAUUUGUGCUGGAAUUCUUAUAUUAACGAUAUUCUCUUGAGAUGAUUUUGGGAUUUAUUGAAAGAACAGCAUUUCGUUUAAUUUGAAAAUGUCUUCUUUGAGUGAAAAGAAAGUUCCUUAUUUCGUCUGUCAACCAACGGAGCUAAAUGUAGCAAAACGUCAAGACAGCAGACUGCCAUCCGUCCAAUCAAAACGUUCGAAAAAAGAGGAGCGGUCCAUCAGCGCUAAAUCAAACUCCGCCGCGGCGUCCAGCGACAAAAGAUUUCGGCCAUCCUCGGACGGUUUUCAAUGGAGGAGAAGUUCCUCCCUCACUAGCUGGUCUCUCCCGGUCCCUCGGCCCGAUACACACAGCGGGCACCGACUGACCGUCAAAAACUUGAUUUUUCACAGAAAAAGUACGGGAAGUGACAGAAGAGUGCACUUCAAACAUGAUCUGUACUCAAAUUCGAGAACCCCUAGCCCGUGUAGCACACUGGAGGAUUUCGAAGUCCACCGGCCCAGAUUCCAAGCCAUUUCCGGUCCCAAGAGGUUCUCCGAGGGCGAUGUUCUGGAGGCCCGCCAUCAGCAGUCGUUAGACGCGGCGGACCAGAAGAGUCAUCUCAACAAGUUCAGGAAUGUGACCAAAGCAACCAUUUUCAGAGACUCUGCUCAAUCACUUAGUAAUAGAUUAAAAGGUAGAAGAAUUUCCGAAAUUGAUGAACAGCUGACCAUGGACGUGAGAGGUGAAGGUCGUCGGGGCACGGUCCACGGCAGUCAGCUGUAUGUGGUCAGUGACGGGGGAAGGCUGUCCCGGCGGAUAGACGAACCCAUCUCAAAGCAACGACUCAGUACCCUACUGUCAGCCACACUGAAAGCAAAGGAAGAGGAGAAAAAGAAUAUGUUAAGGAGGCUACAGACGGUCAGCAGAGUUGUCGGUCGUGUUUGUGCGCUGCAGAAAAUCGUGAUGCAGCGGAACGCCAAUGACACUGUGUAUCAGUCCCAGCUGAAGGAUAUCGGGAGUUCCCCCGUGAACGAGAAGAAUACGUACGGAGCCAAUAGGAUAGACGUAUCCUACUUCAAGGCCAACCGACAGAUGAGGAUGUCACAAAGAGGUCUACAAAUUUUAUCCAAACCGUCAGACCAGCGGACGACCGAUGAUAUCCGAUAUGCAACCAACGCCCUCCGGAAUGUGAAGUACAUCGCCGAGUUUCCUCUGAGAAUCCAGGAAUCCUUGGCGCGUGUGGGUUACGUUGAGUGUUACGAGCCCAAGCGUUUCAUAGUGAAAGAGGGCGGGGCGCCGGAAAACGCCUACAUCGUUCUGUAUGGCUCCAUUGUGACCGCCAUUUUAGAUGACCACAAGUUAUCAGCUACAUCUAUAGAUGUGCUUAUUAAACGAGGACAGCCAUUUGGGGAAAUAGGAGUUUUCAAAAAUCAAAGAAGAGGCGGAUCAAACAUUACGAAUGAAUACACAGAAGUUCUGAGAAUUCCUGCAGAGGAAUACAAGAAGAUAUUCAUGGGCGGCGUACAAACUAACCCAGUGAACGACCCCUUCCUUAUGAAAUUUGGGUUCCUACGACAUUGGCCAUUAAAAUGUUUGAAAGAGGAACCUGGAAAAUACUUUGUUACAUAUUUUCAACGAAAUGUGAUUUUAACGAGAAAUAGUAAUAAAUCGGACUGGAUUUACUUAGUUAAAGAGGGAUCUCUUAGGGUUCUAAAAAGACUCGAAAAGGUGAAACCCAUUGUCAGUAAACGUUCUGGGGAAUACACAAUGACAGCGCAUCCUAGUGGGUAUUUUUCGUUUCUUAGUCGAACCGAGGAUUUCGACCGUUACGUCAGUUACCAUGACAUCCGCCUUCCGUCACCCCUUCACAUGGAAACAGACUACGGUGACGAAUACGGCGACCCCCAAUAUACUCCGGGAACCCCGCGGCACAAAAAGUCGCAGUCGUUAGUGAAACGCUUGGACAGUGUUCUCCGACCACACACGACCGGAAGGAUGAUCAUCACGCCCGGAAGUGAACGAUUGACGUCUGCUGACCAAUCACCGAGGUCGACAGUUAGUGAUAGUCCCGCCUCAAAAAGUCCUAAGACUCAAGCAUCUGAAUCAAGCAGAGAGAAAACAGAUUCUCCCGUUUUAUCAAGUAUAACUGAAGGAGAAACUCCAGACGGUAAGAAGCGGAUAGGAUUAAAGACAAUCUUCACAGAUCUUGAUGUUGGUGCCAAAACGACAGAAGAUCAGAGACAUCGUCAAGUGAGAAUUAGUCCUAUGAUGGAAGAAAACGAUGUGCCAUUACCAGAGACGAACAAAGAAACGGAGUGGGUCCAUGUUCAAACCUUGACAAAGGACCAAACGUUUGGUCUGCAAUAUGUGAUGUUUGAAAAGGAAAACAAACCACAACCAAGUUUUGUUGUCAUUAGCAACGGAGCAGAAGUGGUUCAAAUCAGUCGCUCCUUGUUUAUUUCGAAACUUGAUUUUAAUGCCAGAGAGAGGCUUCGAAGCGAGGUGUCGCCAUAUCCAACAGACGAUGAACUUCAGAGCAAUCUCACCACACGGGUUAACUGGGAGGCUUAUAAGGACAUUGUGUUACACCAGAUCAUCUGUGACAAAAACAAACGCAGGCCAUCGUCUCAGCUCAAAUAUAGACCAAUGAAAUUCAAUCUUUCAAAACAUACCUUGGCAAAGUCUGUGUACUCAUAGUGAAAUUGAAAAAAAAACCAGUUAUUUCCCCCUUGGCCGCCAUCUUUAGGUAAAACAAUUCUUUAAAUUUCCUAAUCCUUUCAUAGUUCCAGGGAUACAGAACUGUUUCAUAUGACAUCAAAUCCGCUCCAAAAUUGUGUUUGGAUUGCUCCAGAAUGGGUGCUAUAUUCAUAUCACGAAGGAUAAAACAUUGAAACAAAAAAGAAAUUUCACCACAGAAUGCUUGAAUUGUUAGAAGCAUAUACAUGGUCAAGAGGUUGCUGGACUUUUCCUAUAUGAACGUUGAAUAGGAACACCUCAAUUCAUUUUUAUUUGCAAUGUAUUGAUUGCUCUUUUAAGAGAGUAACCAUGCUGUGCUGGAGAUUCGCAAAUACUUGACAUCAUUAUACAUGAAAAUUUAUGCGCAUUAUAGGUUUGUUGUUAUUUAUUUAUAUCACGAUUCCCUGUCAGAUCUUUAUUUAUUUAACCAACCAAACAAUUUCCCGUUGAUUGCGCGGCUUUGUGCCACAUUUAGAGACGAAAUAAACUGAAACGUUUUACAAAUAUGA